GAUGCCUUAUCUAUUACGGAAAUAUAAUGUAAAAUAAAUAUUAAAAUUUAAGGGAAAAAAAUGUUUAAAUCAUUUUUUAAAUUAAUUUAAUAGGGAAAAUAUACAAGUGUUAAUACUUUCAAACUUAUUAAAGAAAUAUGUUUAGUAUUUCAAAUCUACGUAAUAUCUUGCCCGUGGAUUGCGCGGUCAAAUCAAAGCAAUAUGGCGGAUUGGCACAAUAACUUGUAUUUCGGAGAGUAUUAUUUUGGUUCGAAUGAAAAGAUUGUGAAUAGUGCAUAUAAAGUUAUUCUUAACAUUGAUAUUUAUAAGCAAAUAGUAUCUUAUAUGCAUAUAUAACAAUAGUGUGUAUUUUUUAUUACAUACAAAAGUGAGAGAAUUUGAAAUAUCGAAUCUGGGUGUAUGUGCUUCAAAAUUUAUUUCGUUAAUGGACAUGAAGAUGACCUUAAUUACUAGGAUAUAUUAGCAUUGUCGUGUACUGACUGUACUGUUGAUCAUAAUUUUUUAUGUGAAAAUAUGUCGUCAACUCAGAGUAAAAUGCGAGGUCCUGGAAGACCACCUAAAUCAAAAAAUUCUUGUACUUGGUGUGGAGAAACUAAACAGCCAUUAAAAUAUGUUCUUCCCACUCAGCAUGGAAAAAAAGAAUUUUGUUCUGAAACAUGUUUAUCAGAAUUUCGUAAAGCCUAUGUACGUGGUGCUUGCGUACAAUGUGAUAAUGUAAUCAGAGGUACACCAGUUAAAUUGGAACAGAAAGAUGGUCCUACAAAAGAUUUCUGUUCGUCAUUUUGCCUUAAUAAACAUCAAAAGAAGGAAAGUCAAGUUGAAAUGAAAAAAAGUAAUAAAGAUCAAUCAUCACCUGCAUCUUCUCCAAUUCCAUCCAACUUAUCAAAUAAUAACAGUGUAGCUUCUGCAACACAAGUUUAUUCUCAUACAAAUAAUCAUACAAAUGUAUCUCAUCCACCAUCUACUUCAACUGGUCCAUUUCAAUAUGAAACAUAUCAAACUUUUGAUUGGGAUCUUUAUUUAAAAGAAACAAAUAGUUCUGCAGCACCUGUUGAAUGCUUUAAACAGCACGAAGUGCCACCAACAAAUGAAUUUAAAAUGGGCAUGAAAUUGGAGGCUUUAGAUCCUCGUAAUUUAACAUCAACUUGUAUUGCAACAGUAGUUGGUGUCCUUGGUCCUCGAUUAAGACUACGACUUGAUGGAUCUGAUAAUAAAAAUGACUUUUGGCGUUUAGUUGACAGUAAUGAAAUUCAUCCAAUUGGACACUGCGAAAAAUCAGGUGGUAUGCUUCAACCUCCCUUGGGCUUUCGUAUGAAUGCUUCCAGUUGGCCAAUGUUUCUAUUGAAAACAUUAAAUGGAGCUGAAAUGGCACCUGCUAAAGUAUUUAAACGUGAACCAAAGACACCUCGUUCUAAUAUGUUUGAAGUUGGGCAUAAAUUGGAAGCUAUAGAUAAAAAAAAUCCACAACUUAUAUGUACUGCUACUGUUGGUGCUGUGAAAGAUGAUAUGAUUCAUAUAACCUUUGAUGGUUGGCGUGGAGCAUUUGAUUAUUGGUGUCGCUUUGAUUCUAGAGAUAUCUUUCCUGCAGGAUGGUGCUUUAAAAGUGGACAUCCACUACAACCGCCAAGACAAAAAUCAACAGGUCCUAACAGAUUUAAGUCAAGGACUAGUAAUGUUUUGCCAGUAAUGGCAGUGUCUGGUGGUGGUGCUAGUGGAGAACCAGCAGUUGCUUUGGUAAGUCCAGCUGGUUCAAGUCCACCUCCACAACCAGCUACAGAACCAGAUACUAGUACAGCUAAUACUAAACCACAUCCUCUUGACAAUGUUACUAUUUAUGUGAAUCACAAUUGUACAUGUGGUCCUUAUUUCGAUCCUCGUAAAGUAAAAGCUAUGCCAGCACAAUUUGGUACAGGUCCUAUAUUAAAUGUCACAAGAGAUAUUUUCCAAGCUUUUCUGAUGGCAGCAAUGAGUCCAAGACAAAUGUUAAGUUUGUUAAAACGUGGCGAAGGAGAAAAUAUCAAUUUAAUUUUAGAAAGUAAACCUACUUCUGUUAGAUUACCUUUAUUUAUGGAAGAAGAGGAUUUUUAUGUGUAUAUCAGGCGGCAACUUGAAGAUCUUUGUGCUUGUGAACAUAUGCUAUCCAGGAGAAAAGAACCUUGUAAUAAAUGUCCAAAUACUCAACAGCCACAAUCAACGAAUUGUGAAGAAACAAGUAAUAACAGUGCUGAAAAACGAAGAUGGUCGUCUCAAAGUCAACAAACUCUUUCAUCUAGUAUGCAACAGCAAGCACAGCAACCUGUGCAAAGUAUAAAUAAUACAACACUUUCAUCUCCAACACCAGCGAAACAACCACGCAAAUCAGUUCCUGAAUUGGAAGCUGCAACAUCAACAACACAGUCAGAAAAUACAGCAAAUCGUACACUAUCCACAGAACCUGCUGAAUGGACCAUAGAAGAUGUUAUACAUUAUAUCGCCCUAACAGAUCCUGCAUUGGGACAGCAUGCAGAUUUGUUUAGGAAACAUGAAAUCGAUGGAAAGGCUUUACUUCUUUUAAAUUCUGAUAUGAUGAUGAAAUAUAUGGGACUAAAACUUGGACCUGCUCUUAAGAUCUGUAAUUUGGUAAAUCGUAUUAAAGGUAGAAGACAUAUAAUACUAUGACUCUCUCGGAUAUCAAACUAUAUACAGUGAGGUAAACUGCAUUUGAAGUGGCUGGUCAAAUUUGUUUUCAUAAAUGAAAACAUUAAUAUAUAAGUUGUUAAAAUAAUGUGAAUAUAUGAAUGAAUAUAAUAUUAUGUCUAAA